AUGGGUGAGCCGCGUUCAUCUGUGAGAGGUGACGAUGAGUACGAAAGAUGCAAGUUGAACGAGUUGUAUGACAUUUUCACGAAUGUUGUGCCAAUCUCUAGUGAUGUCGAAACUCAUAGCAGAGAUGCUUCAGUGGCGAACAGUUCCCAGUAUGAAGUCGAGUGCAUUCUGGAUACGAAUGGAGAAACUCUUCACAAAGAAAAUUACACGUGUGUGAAUGGCCAAUGGAAGCCCAGAUUUGUGAGGUUACCUUUCUGUCGCCACUCAGAAUUCUACAUGCCUGUAUACAUUCCAUUUGAUUAUUAUUAG